AUGACCCGUAUAUCAUUACUCCUAAUCUCUGAAUCUUGGUCUGUAUCCCUCACCUCUCUCUCUUCUUUGGUCAGGUCUGAUGGAACGUCUCUCCUGGAUUGGCUCGGCAACCAGAGUGUUUGGAACAAUGGUCUCUGGAAGAGCAAGGUACUCUCUAAGGUAGUUGAUACCUUCGUCAGUGAGAGUGUAGUAGUAGUAUUGCCAAGAGAAUUGGGUCUUGACGUAUCCCUUGGAGGUCAAGGAUUGCAUGGCCUUGAUAACGUACAAGUUCUUGGUAUCGAUGUCAUCGUGUUGGAUUUCAAAGUCCUUCUUAGCGACCAGGACACCCUCUAA